AGUGAGGUCGAGGAGGAUGACGAUCUAGAGGAGGAAAAUGCGGUCAAAGGAUCGUAUGACGAUCGUGACCAGGAAGAAGAUAGUGAAGAUGCUUCCACAGAAGCUCCCGCAUCAGCGGAAGUUAGUGAAACUGACGAUGACGUACCGGAUAGUUCCGAAGACGACAGUCAGAAUGAGAGUGAAGAUUUGGAAGGAAAAACAGCCUCCGAGGAAGAGGAAUUGUCCGCCACCGAUGAUGGCGACGAGGAUGAAGAAGAAACGUUGACCGAGGAUACGGUCGCUAGUGGUGAGGAUGCGCAAGAGGAACCGACCGACAGUGAGGAGGAAGCUGAGGAUACUACCGGUAGUGAGAAUCUGAGCGAAGAGCCGGAACGUGAAACAGUGGAAAGCAGUACUGCAACAAGCGAGGAGGAGAACGAUGAAGCUUCACCUGAGGCUGGUGAGCAAUCUGAAGAGCAGGUGGUUGACAGUCAGGAAGACGAAACCGCUGCUCAGGAGGAAGCAUCCACGGAAGAGCCUGUUGAAGAGAGCAGUGAAGAUGCUGCCACCAUAGAGGAUGUCGACACGGCCUCCCAGGAGCAGGAAGAACAAAGCGCUGAAGAGGCAACCGAGCCAGCUGCAGAGGAUAGUGCUGAGGAGGAAGCUGUCCCUGAAUCUGCCGAAGAGGAAGUGGCCGUCACUGCUGAGGAGGAAAGCGCAGAGGAAGCCGCCGUAAAGCAGGACUCGGAAGAAACGUUGGCGCAGGAAGCGGCGGGAGAAGAGAGUGUUGAGAAAGCUUCGGAAGAAACGGAAACCGCCUCUACGGAAGAAUCGUUCCCGGAGGAAGAUCUGCUCUUGGAGUACCAAAUUCCAUCGAACCUUAGAGAUACUACGCACAUCUACGAACUGCUGAACAUCAACGACGACGCACCCGCCCGGGAGAAGGCCCUGCAGGAGACGGCCGACGUGAUCUUGCGCGAUCUGAAGCGCAUCUACGACAAUUCGAUCAAACCCCUCGAAACAUUGUACAAGUACCGCGAUCUCAGCAAUCGCCACUUUGGCGAUCCGGAGAUCUUCUCGAAACCGCUCGUCCUGUUCAUGGGCCCGUGGAGCGGCGGCAAAUCAACCAUUCUGAACUAUCUGACACACAACGAGUACACGCCCAACUCGGUGCGGACCGGUGCUGAACCGUCGCCCGCAUACUUUAACAUUUUAAUGCACGGUGACGAGCCGGAGGUUUUGGACGGUACCCAGCUGGCCGCCGAUUGGACCUUCUCGGGAUUGCAAAAGUUUGGACAGGGGCUGCUUGACCGGCUGCGCGGUCAGAAGCUGCCCAACCAGCUGCUAGAAAGGGUUAACAUUGUGGAAAUUCCCGGCAUUCUGGAGGUCCGGAAGCAGGUGUCCAAGUACUUCCCGUUCAACGAUGCCUGCCAGUGGUUUAUCGAUCGCGCUGACAUCAUCUUCCUGGUGUACGAUCCAUCCAAGCUGGACGUGGGCCCAGAAACUGAAGCCAUCCUGGACCAGCUGAAGGGACGAGAAUAUCAGACACGAAUCCUGCUAAACAAAGCUGAUCAAGUGAAACCUGAAGAGCUGCUGCGUGUCCAGAGUGCCUUGAUCUGGAACAUUUCUCCGCUGAUGUCGUCGGCGCAACCACCGGUCAUGUACACGGUGUCGCUGUGGUCCAAUCCGUUCGAGGUGGGCGCACCCGUCCGUCUGCUGCAGGCACAGGAACGAACUUUGCUGCUCGACCUAGGCCAGGCUAUCGAGCGCCGCAUUGAGAACAAAAUCGCCAGCGCCCGUCGCUUUGCGGUUCGUGUUCGCAACCACGCCAAGAUGGUGGACUGCUACCUCACCACGUACUACAACCACAAGACGCUGUUCGGUAACAAGAAGCAGAUUUCCGAGAAAAUCAUUGCAAACCCGCAGGACUACCACAUCUACGAGGGCCUGUCGACGCUCACCAACAUCUCCCGGUACGAUCUGCCCGAUCCGGAGGUGUAUCGCGAUUUCUUCCACCUGAAUCCGCUGUACGAGUUCAAGAAGCUGUCCGAAACGUGCACCUACUUCCGCGGCUGCCCGAUCAACAAGCUCGACGUGGCGAUCGCAUACGAGCUGCCCGAGCUGGUCGGCAAGUACAAGAAGAUGUCGGAGGCGGCACUUGCGAAGCUGGACGUUCUUACGCCAACAUCCGAUUUCGGCAAGGGGAAAUCGAAUAGUUGAGCGAAACGGGCACAACGUUCUGUACGAUCGAACAACUUGCAUUCAGUGCGUAAUGUUAAAGUAGUGUAGUACGGUAUCUUUAUUUAUCUUUUACGUUUCCCUAACGAAUCUUCUACCACUCCCUAUCGUAUCGUAGGUUUCGAUGCUCUCCGACGUAUCCCCCAGCUUGGGGGCAUCGAAACGCAACAUCUGUGCUUUUAUGAUUUCACUCUAUUUCCUUCUAAUUCUUAGAGGUUUUUCGUAAGGUUGUAUCGGAACGGACCUAACAAAACCACAAUCAAUUAAUUGAAUCUGCUUCUGCUGCUCAGAGGACGUGAAUAGCCACGCAUCACGGGAUGAUGUUGAACGACGAUAAAGGUGUCGAUGAAUGUAAUGAAGGUGGUGUUUACCGUUUUGUUUAAUAGAAGAAAGUCCAAAUAGAGCGCUGUCUGAAGUUCACGCCGCUGAACAAUAUCUAUUACCAGAGGAUUAAACUCCGGUAGCGAACAAGAAAUAUGCAUCGAAAACACGAACCUGAAGUUUGCCUAUGUGAUAAAUGAUGGCUCAGAGCAUAAGAAGACAAUGUGCAAUGUAUAGUUUACACCGAGGCAUCGGCAACGAGCGGUGGUGUAAACUAUCCAAAAAACCAGAGUUACGUUUGGCGCUGUUUGUGACUCUAGAACCAGACUGAUUGAUACAGGUAAACUGCAAUGCUACACAGCUCGGAAAGCAAGGCAAUACUAUCGCCAUCAUUUGAAAAUCAACCAAGAGGAAGUUGAAUAAAAAUUGUAAAACACAAUAAAGUUACAAAAUGGUAAAAGUUGUA